GCGCUGAGAUGAGGUGCAGACCUGGGUCAGCUCUUUGUCUCCGAGGUCUGUGACCUCCCACCUCUGAUGAGUGAUCAUGAUAGGAUCAGGGCAGGCGGCCCAUGCUGCCACACUGCUAUCAGACUCGGCAGCCUGCACUCAGGCACGCUGGUGUGUUGGGAAAAAACACACACAUAGGAGGAGGGGUGCUAGGGGAGAAAAUAAAGGAAACGGAAGCCAUCCAAAAGAGUAAUAGUAGCAGGAGCAGUCUAUCCAACAGCAGCACCAGCAGAGGGACCCUCCUCUUAUCACCCCCUGUCCUCAGUCCAGCCAGCAGUUACUGUGUGAUACAGUCAGUGAUACAGUCUGUGAUACACUGUAACACGCUACACAGAGGACACCCUGGGUGACUCGCUUGGAUCAUCGUGCUACACCAGACCCUGCUUCUCCUAUUGGGAACAUGUACCCCUGUCUUUACACCAGCAAGUCCUCGCCAAUGGGUGUCACAUCUCCUGGGAUUAUUGCAUUUAUUGCUUGGAUGCUUGUACUCAGCGCUUUUUUUCAAAUGUCCCUUGGAUCCUCAUUCUUGACAGGGUCAGUUGCAAAAUGUGAAAAUGAAGGAGAAGCCUUAACCAUUCCAUCCAUCACCGACAACCCCUGUAUCUCUUGCUACUGUGUGGACAAAGAAGUGCUCUGUCAACGCGAGAAGUGUCCAGUACUCUCUAAGGAUUGUGCUUUGGUAAUAAAGCAGAGAGGAACCUGCUGUGAACGCUGUAAAGGUUGCAACUUUCAAGGUAAUAUUUACAACAGCUCCAUGAAGUGGCAUGAUUCAUCCCAGCCAUGCAUUGUUAGGCAAUGUCAGGAGGGUGUUAUUACUGAAUCAGAAGUUCAAUGCCUUGUACAUUGUAAAAACCCAAUUAAACAACCAGGAUUGUGCUGUCCAACAUGCCCAGGUUGUAUAUAUGAAGGUCGACAGUAUAAAGAAGGAGAUGAAUUUCAGCCAGAAGGAAACAAAUGUCUUAAGUGCUCCUGCAUCGGAGGCAGGACACAAUGCAUAAAAGAAGUCUGCCCGAUUCUGUCAUGCCCACAGCACCUCAGUCAUAUUCCUACCGGACAAUGUUGCCCAAAAUGUAUAGGCCAGAGGAAAGUGUUCGACCUGCCUUCAGGCAGCUGUCUUUUUCGCAGUGAUGUCUAUGACAAUCAUUCCAGCUUUAUGCAUGACGUCUGCACUUCUUGCACCUGCAGGGACUCCACUGUUGUAUGCAAGAAGAAAUGCUCUGCAGCUGGAUCAUGCAACAGUGGCAAAAACUAUUGUUGUGAUGAAUGUGUCUCCUAUGUGCCUACUGAGGAAGUCAAAAUAUGCAAGUCUGGAAACAAGAUAUACAGGGAUGCGGAGAUGUGGUCCUCUGUCAACUGCACCAUCUGUUCCUGUGUGAAAGGCAAGACAGAGUGUCGCAAGAAGCAGUGCAUUCCAGUUAACAGCUGCCCACAAGGCAAAAUACUAAAUAGAAAAGGCUGCUGUCCAAUUUGCACUGAAAAACCUGGAGUAUGCACUGUGUUUGGCGACCCCCACUACAACACUUUCGAUGGACGGACUUUCAACUUUCAGGGAACCUGUCAAUAUGUUCUGACAAAAGAUUGCUCCUCUUCCACCUCAUCCUUUCAAGUUCUAGUGAAAAAUGAUGCUCGAAGGACACAUUCAUUCUCAUGGACAAAAACGGUGGACCUGGUAAUAGGAGGAAGCAUUAUUAGCCUGCAACAGCAUCUUACAGUGAAAUGGAAUGGAACAAGAAUAUCAUUGCCUUAUGAGACACCUCAAUUUCACAUAGAUUUGGAAGGCUACCUCCUCAAAGUGACUGCCAAAGCAGGUUUGGAAAUUUCAUGGGAUGGAGACAGCUUUGUAGAAGUAAUGGCUGCCCCUCACCUAAAAGGAAAACUCUGUGGUCUUUGUGGAAAUUACAAUGGACACAAAAGAGAUGAUCUUAUAGGAAGCGAUGGCAACUUUAAAUUUGAUGUUGAUGACUUUGGGGAUUCCUGGAGAGUAGAAUCAAAUGAAUUUUGCAAUCGACCACAGAGGAAAAUUGUUCCCGAAUUGUGCCAAGGAACUGUUAAGGUGAAACUCAGAGCUCACAGAGAAUGCCAAAAACUGAAAUCUUGGGACUUCCAGAACUGUCACUCUACAGUUGAUUAUGCCAUGUUCUAUCGAUCGUGUGUGACUGACAUGUGUGAAUGCCCAGUACAUAAAAAUUGUUACUGUGAAUCUUUAAUUGCAUACGCCAGAGCCUGUCUAAGGGAAGGUGUGAAAGUUCCAUGGAAACCAGAACACACCUGUGCAGCAACCCAAUGCAAACAUGGAGCAGUAUAUGACACUUGUGGUCCUGGAUGUCUCAAGGCAUGUGAAAACUGGAAUGAGAUUGGACCAUGCAGCAGACCUUGUGUUGCUGGUUGUCACUGCCCUGCAAAUUUGGUACUUCACAGAGGAAAAUGCAUUAAGCCAGCUAUGUGUCCGCAGCGGUGACACAUAAUUUCCAUCAAUGACUUUUAAAGCUGAUGCUUUCUUUAUUUUUUAAAGCGCUCAGCCAAUGAAGGACUAAACUGUUUAAACAAAAAAAAUUGUAAAGUUAUUAUUUCAUGCUGACACAUUCUCACGUGACUAAUAUAAAUAUGGUAUAUAUAAAUAUAAAUACAAAAUUAUACUUCAUUUAUAUAAGCAAAG